UGCUCGGGGAGCCUGGUGGGCCACGCCGCCGCGCCUCUGCCGACUCACCCGGCUUCCCACGCCGUGCACCACCCCAUCUUGGGGCCCCCGGCCGCCGUCUCCAGCGCUUCCCUGCCGGGCUCCGCGGGGCUGUCGGCCGUCGGCUCUCUCCGACCCUCCUCUCACGGCUUGCUCAAGUCUCCGCCGAGCGCCGCGGCCGCCGCUGCCGCCGCCGCUGCUGCCGCCGCCGCCGCCGCCGCCGCGGCUCCGCUAAGCAGCGGCUUCCAGCACUGGGGCGGGAUGCCGUGUCCCUGCAGCAUGUGCCAGGUGCCGGCCCCCUCGCACCACCACGUCUCCGGCCUGAACGCGCCCAACCUGCCCAGACUGACCGGCGACGCCAAAUAA